AUGUUGCAUACUAACCCAAUUGAUGAAUUUAAAUUGCCUUUUGGUAUUCAGUCUCUUCUGCAGGAUUUUGAUGAUGUGUUUCUAACAAGUGUACCGGAUAGUUUGCCACCAUUGAGGGGAAUUGCGCAUCACAUUGAUCUCAUUCCAGGAGCGUCCUUGCCCAAUCGGCCAACUUAUAGGAGCAACCCACAAGAAACUAAGGAGAUUGAAAGGCAAGUGUCCGAACUCCUACGCAAAGGUUGGGUGAGAGAUAGUAUGAGUCCGUGCGUUGUACCUGUCAUUCUAGUACCCAAGAAGGACGACUCAUGGUGGAUGUGUUCUGAUUGUAGAGCCAUAAACAACAUCACCAUCAAGUAUAGGCAUCCAAUCCCCUGGUUAGAUGAUCUUCUUGAUGAACUUGCUAAGGGAGUACAGGUGGAUGUGGAAAAGGUUAAGGCCAUCCAAGAAUGGCCAACACCUAAGACCGUGAGUGAGGUGAUGGGAUUUCAUGGUUUAGCAAGUUUCUAUAGGAGAUUUGUUAAGGAUUUUAGUACAUUGGUUGCACCUCUAACUGAAGUUGUUAAGAAGAAUCAUUACUUAUUACCCAAAGAGUUUGUCAUCCAUAGUGAUCACGAGUCCUUAAAAUACUUAAAAGGCCAAGGAAAGCUUAAUAAGAGGCAUGCUAAGUGGGUAAAGUUUUUAGAGCAAUUUCCAUAUGUCAUCAAACAUAAAAAGGGGAAAGGGAAUGUAGUGGCUGAUGUGUUGUCUAGGAGACAUGCUUUACUUGCUAUGCUUGAAACUAAACUGUUUGGUCUCGAGUCUUUGAAAGACAUGUAUGUGCAUGAUGUGGACUUUGCUGAAAUUUUUGCUGCAUGUGAAAAGUUUUCUGAAAAUGGUUACUAUAGGCAUAAUGGAUUCUUGUUUAAAGAAAAUAAAUUUUGUGUGCCUAAGUGUUCCAUUAGAGAGUUGCUUGUGAGUGAAUCACAUGAAAGGGGGGUUGAUGGGACACUUUGGGAUUCAAAAGACCCUGGAAAUUCUACAAGAGCAUUUCUUUUGGCCUCAUAUGAGGCGUGA